UUCCGCCGGAGAUGGCAGCUGGACUAACCUAGCAACACGGUAAGGGUAAGGCCCGAGACCGGAUCGCCGAGCCUGAGAUGAAGGCUCUCACGAGGAGUCUCAAGACAUUGAGCAAGAGCGUGCUAAAGGUGCAGCAGCAGGGAUCCAGCAUUCAAGACGAGGAGCUGUGUGAGCUGGUGGCGGGAUUUAACAUUGAACCCGGAAAGGCUGCCGUAGGGGACGCGGUGAACACGCUUCAGGCUUGGGCUACUAUUGAGGACGACGAUGAAGUGGUGAAAGUUUUUCGGCAGGACGCGGUGGACGACAUGACGGCACAGGUAGCUGGGUCGCACGUGUCUCCCGGGUCAGAAGAAGAGGACGAAGAGGGGGACGAUGAAGAGGAGGGGGGUAGCGACGAUGAAAACGCGGGCCGCGGGCGGCGUGCCCCACCGGGUUACCCUGAACUGUCGUCUCACUUCGGGUACCUAGAGGCUGCAGCGGAGGGGAGCGGCAACAGAGACGCAUUGUGCCACCUGUCGAAAGCGAGGAUGGCGAUGAUCGCAGCGCAUAACCGCAAAGCCAGCUCGCCAGGCAAACAUGCGGGAAUUCAUCGGGACGUAGUGAGGGCGGGGGUUACAGCUACAGCGGCUGUUUGA